AGUAUCGCGAGAGUUGAGUUUCUUUUCGAGAAAAAUGGCUGCGCCCAUGAAAAUGAUAAGAACGUCAGUUAGACACGGUUUAUUGCAAAGACUGUGGAAUAAAGCAAGCGUUUUAGGAACAGCAAGAUGUUUACAUUUACAAGAAUAUCAGAGUAAAAAGUUGAUGCAAGAGAAUGGAAUAUCUGUACAAAAAUUUGUGGUCGCUAGCAAUUUUGAGGAAGCUGAACAUGCUACAGAUCAUUUAGAUGUGAAAGAAUAUGUGAUUAAGGCACAGAUUUUGGCAGGUGGUCGAGGGAAAGGAGUUUUCUCAAAUGGCUUCCAAGGAGGUGUACAUUUAACGAAAGACAAAAAACAAGUGCCAUUUAUAGUAGAAAAUAUGUUAGGAAGUAAACUAAAGACUAAACAGACUGUUGGUGAUGGUGUACUUGUACAGAAGGUAAUGGUAGCUGAAGCUUUAGAUAUAGGAAGAGAAGCCUACUUUGCCAUAUUGAUGGAUCGUACAUACAUGGGACCAGUUAUGAUUGGUAGUCGCCAUGGUGGCGUAGACAUUGAAGAAACAGCUGAUACUGAUCCUGAUUCCAUUGUCAAGGAGCCAGUAGAUAUUCUUACUGGUAUAAAAGAUGAGCAAGCCUUAUCUAUGGCACAGAGGUUAGGUUUUGAAGGUGUUCAUUUACAAGAGGCAGCAGAUCAGAUAAAAGGUCUAUAUAACCUAUUUAUAAAGGUUGAUGCAUCUCAGGUAGAGAUCAAUCCAUUUGGAGAGACACCUGAUGGCAGAGUUGUGUGUUUUGAUGCCAAGGUAAACUUUGAUGAUAAUGCAGCUUACAGACAGAAAGAGAUUUUUGCCAUGGAUGACAUGUCAGAGACAGACCCUAGGGAGGUGGAGGCUACACGAUUAAAUCUUAAUUAUAUAGGAUUGGAAGGCAGUAUAGGUUGUCUUGUAAAUGGUGCUGGACUUGCCAUGGCUACCAUGGAUAUUAUAAAAUUACAUGGAGGGGAACCUGCAAACUUCCUGGAUGUAGGAGGGGGUGUAUCAGAACAGCAAGUUUAUGAUGCUUUUCAUCUUCUCACAGGGGAUGCUCAUGUGAAAACAAUUCUAGUCAAUGUAUUUGGUGGCAUUGUUGAUUGUGCCACUGUGGCCAAAGGUAUUGUUGAAGCCUGUAAAAUUAUAGAUCUAAAGUUGCCGCUGGUGGUCAGACUUGAAGGGAGGAAUGUAGAGGCUGCUAGGAAGAUAAUGGAAGAAAGUGAUAUAGACAUACAUGUUGCUGAUGGCUUUGAUCAUGCUGCACAAUUGGCUGUACAACAUGCAAAAGCAUAUAUCGAAGCAUCAGCUAAAAAAACAAAAUCUGAUGACUUUUUAUAAUUGAUUUAGUGAUUAAAACUGUGAUAAUUUGUAAUGAAUAAUAAAUUAUGUGACAAAUUUUUAUUUAAUCAGGGCUAUGUAGGUUAAACAUGUUAAAGGUGGGUUGUAGAAUUGACAUUGCAGAAAUGUAUGUUUAGAUUAGGUAUAGAAUCUUUAUGGGAGGGAAAUAGUUCCUUAAAUUAGGGUAAAAUGAGAUCAGAUUAUAAAGCAAUAUAUCAAAAUUAUUAUAAUUCAUUUAAAUCCUUUGUUUUUUGUGUAUUUUUUUUUACACUCUUAGUCCCUUAUACCAUAAAAAGUUACUUGACGAAAGAGUUGAAAAGAAUUUGUUUCUUUAAAAUGUGUAUUUUUAUAAUGAAUGUGUAUUAUGGAUGAAGUUUUAUAUGUGUAUCAUUUAUAUAACUUUAUACCACAUUGUUCACAUUCUGAUAUGAUUAUGUCAUAAUUUGUAUUUUGUUCUUUGGUAGCACACAUUCCUAUCCCUGAAAAAUUCAUCUAGGAACAGUUUUUGUUUCAAAUGUGACAUAUUGCUCUAGGCAAAAAAUGUAUUUCUUAAUCUGUUGACUGUUUAUAUGAAUCUUUUAUAUAGUAAAGUUGGAGAACAAUUUA